AUGUGUUUGUGUAAAUGUUACAGGAAACAACUAGAUAAGCAGCGGAGUGGAAGUGAAGAGCGUGAAACUAAUGGAAACAAGAUUAGUUACUUUAGGCCUUUACAGAUAGAACAAGUAGUGGAUGAAAGUAGUGAGAGAUGCAAGAAUUUGGACAGCAAAUUUCCUCUCUUUAAUGAGCUAGAAGCUAUCUAUAGCCUUGCAAAGAUUGCUGAAGCUAAUAUUCAAGCAGGCUCUGGUUCUGUUCUCACAGGCGACAAUUCGCCAACGAAUGCGGGUCUUUCAAUGCCUUCUAGUGCUACAAAUGGGCAAAAUGUUGGUGCCAAUGGUGCUGCCAAUGUUGUGAUUGGGGCGGAUCAUGGGUCAGAGAAUUCAAUUGGAGAGGAAGCUUCCUUGAGGAAGAGCCAAAAGAGGAAGAGAAAGAGGAAAUUGAAGGAGAAAUUAAGCUACAUGGCUAGGUUCUUUGAGAACACGGUGAAGAAAGUGAUGGAUCACCAAGAAUUGUUGCAUAGGAGGUUCCUGGAAGUGAUUGAGAGGAUGGACACAGAGAGGGCAGAGAGAGAAGAAACAUGGAGACGCCAAGAGGCUGCAAAGAAUAACAGAGAAGCCAUUUCUAGAGCACAUGAACUGGCUUCAGCUUCAAGUAGAGAGGCUCAAAUUGUUUCUUACAUAGAGAAAAUCACUGGCCAAAGUAUCAAUCUUCCUACUAGAAUGGUUCCAUCAUUGCUGCAACCAGAAAUUUCAAAUGAGCCCAUCAAAGAAAUUACACCUGUGAAAACAGCUGACAGCCAUAGCAGAUGGCCUAAAGAUGAAGUUGAGGCAUUGAUCCAAGUUAGAAGUAGAAUAGAGAUUAAGUUUCAAGAACCUGGCUUGAAGGGUCCUCUUUGGGAAGAGGUAAGUUCUUUAAUGAUUUCAAUGGGCUAUCAAAGGAGUGCCAAAAGGUGCAAAGAAAAGUGGGAGAACAUCAACAAAUACUUUAGAAAAGCCAAAGAAAGUCCUAAGAGGAGGUCUGAGCGAUCCAGAACCUGCUCAUAUUUUAAUCAAUUAGAUCAACUAUACUCGGGAACUCUCAUUAACAAUCCUCCCAACACUACUUAUAUGCCAGCAAGUGGCUUUGAGUUUGGCAUAAAAAAACAAGGCUAUACAGAGCUUUUAGAAGCCUUUGUUGUCAGGAGAGACCACCUUGCAUCUAUAACAAACCCCCCGUUUGAUGGAAUUACUGACGAAGAUGCAGAACCUGAAGAAGGAAGCAGUGUUCGGGAUAUAGAAGUUUACAGAGAUGAUAAGCAGAAGGAUGGUGAACGAAGAAACGAUGCUGGUGGGGAUGAUGAAGAAAUUGAGAAUUGA